CUUCCGAGUUUAUCAACACUGUCACUCAAACAUCAUGGCUGCUACGCCGCACUGGAGCUGCCCACAACCGUUCGGACGCUAGACCUGGAGGGCAUGGGAAUUGGAUGGUUCCGCGAUACUACUAGUUCUUCCCAGAGACUUCCCAGUUUGACGCAUAUCACGAUGAUGAAUGUAGAGGUGCGACUACCGAUCAACUUCAAAAUGCUAGCCCCAAAUCUCCAAGUACUACGCAUUUCUUCCCUCAGCAUGUAUGAUGCCAAGGUCGGGGAGAGCAGUACUGUGGAUCUUGGUAGGAUCAUCGGGCCUGAGGGAGUAUUUGGAGUCGUAGAGCAUCUGCGAGAGUUAUCGAUCACGUCCAUGAAACUGAAUCAUAACACACCGAUGGUGCUUUCUCUCCAUCCGGCCCUCAAAACGUUGACGUUGCUCAAGUGUCGGUUUCGGUUCGGCCUCUUGUCGUCACUGGUGGAUGGAAAAGAUUCUGAUAGCAGCUACCUUCCGCACCUCACUGAGCUCCGG